UUACGUAAACCCAACUACAACUCUACCCGAAGUCUGUGCGACCCUAACCUAACCUGGACCUUCUUACGUAAACCUAACUACAACUCUACCCGAAGCCCGUGCGACCCUGACCCAACCCCGACCUAUCGCUGGGUACUCCGAACCCAUUUACCAGCCUAUACACAAGUAAAUAAAGUAAAAUAUAAUAUAAACUUAGUUUUAUAA